AUGGAGGGCCCUCUCGCCAACGCCCUCGAUCAUAAGUUGCUGGACUCGCGGAAAACCCUCCUCCAGAUCACGGUUUCCGGCCUUGGCACCUCGGUCCUCGAUCCGGCCACCGGCCAGUCGACCUAUGUGAAGGGCGAUGAUUGCCUCGCCUGUCUUGCGGACCUUGCCCGGUACAUCCGCGAGGAUGAAAGUCGCCUGCGGCUGGUCAUUCGCCAGCUAAUCCGCUGGCGCAUUGUCGAGAUGGACUUGGUUCCGCUGCUGCUGGUGUCCGGCGAGGACCGGCACCUCUUCCGCGCGGGGCUACGGCUGCUGGUGGCCCUGACCGGGCCUCUGGCCGGCCCGUCGGCCGCCAUGCAGGCCCUCCACCGGACAUCCGACUACACGGCGGCCGGCGACCAUGCGGACUACCUGGCCCGCUUGAAGGAAGCCAAGGGGGCCCUGCUCCAGGAGAAGGUCUUCCGUCAGCUGUCGCAGUCCAUUUUGCUGGUGUUCGCCAAGCGCCCGGACAUGCGCGAGGCGUAUGACCUGGAGAUCGGCAUGAACUGCCUGCUGGUGGUGCGGAAUUUGGCCCGGAUUUCGGACUCCCCGCCGCCGGUUCCCCUGGCCAAGGGCCGCCGCGGGACCCUCAGCACCGACCGGGCCUUCGAUGGGACCCCGCUGGCCGGGCUGCUGGUGGUCCGCAUGCGUGAGGCCCAUCUGAUGGAGAUGUUUGCCUCGCUCAUGGGGGCCUGCGAGCCUGGUCGAUUGGAGGCCGAUCGCCUUGCCCUGCAGGCCUCAACCGAUCGUGUCAAGCUGGCCGAUGCGGAUCUGGUGGCCCCGGUCAUCUUGGAGACGCUGGCUGCCCUGCUGGCCGGCGCGCAGCCCACCUGCCUCGCCGACCACCUGGCGAAUCCGACCGCCAGCCCUCCGCCCACCACCACCGCCACCCCGGGCCGGAGACCAUCCACCGGGGCCACUGCCCCUGGUGCCGAGCCGCCGACCACCCCUCGGCGUGCGAGUGCCCUCGACAGCCGCCUGCAAGCGGCCCUGGCACAGGAGACCAGCUCACCAGGUCGGUCGCCUGGCGGCUCGCGGCAUGCCCGCUUCAGCGGGACCUUCCGCCUGCAGAGCUCGGCCAACAGCGCUAUGACCAUUUCCACGGCCGGCGGCAGCCUGCGGGGCAAGAACUUCGAUGAGGACAAGGCCCGUCGCAUUGCCCCAUUCAUCAAGAUUGCCCAAUCCCAGGAUCUCGGAGUCCGGAAGACCACUCUCGACGCGAAGGCCGUCGGGAUCCUGGCCGAGGCGCUGCAACUGUUUCUUCGGUCCAACUUUCGUGUCUUUGUCGGGUUCUUCAUGGAGCGCCAUCGGACGACCGAGAUCGGCCCAAAUCGCGGCGAGCUGGUUCAAUUUAUCUGGCUCUGGCACUACAUGGCGGCCUUUGUGGCGGCGCAUGCGGCACACGAGAUCCGCCGGUCCCAGCAAGCCGCUCGGGCCCAAGCACGGGCACAGCAGGCCGGCCAGCCGGGCCCCCAUACCUCGCCGGCAACGCUGCCUCCCUCGCAGCUGCCCGAGCAUCCGCCCACGGAUGUGCUCUUCCGCCAACUGGCCUGCUUCCUCAGCAACGACUCACUCACCUUCCUGACCGAGCGCAUCCGCCACCUGUAUGUCGAGGACAAGCACAUUACCGACUACGGCAUGUCUUUCGUCAAUUGGACCAACACGCAUGCGGCGGUUUUGGCCUAUUCGGAAAUGCUGAACCUCCUGGGCGUGAUGCUCAAGGGCUCGCGGACCAUGCAGCAAUUCUCCGAAGCCCUCCAGCGGAAGAUCUACUUCAACAAUGUCCUCCUCCCGAUGGCACAUGACAUGCUCCAGCGCUUCCCCCGGUCGGGCAAUCCGGCACUUCUGGCGGACAUCACCGUGCUGGUGCUGCGCCUGCUGCAGCUGCUUGAAGUAUACAGCAAGGGCCGGCCCUCGAUCAUCGUCAUGGAAAGACGCUCGGACAUGGCCGCCUCGCGCCCGCGCGCGCGCCACACCCCGCGGCCGGGCGGCUCCGACUCCGAAAGCGAGGAGCCACCCGAGAACCGGCCAGCCAGUGACGACCCCCGGUCCGCCACCGAGCGCAGUCUCCAGCGCGAGAAGGAACAAACCUUCCGCGGCUUCCUCAAGAGCUUCUGCACGGAUGCCAUCAUGGACCGGUACAUCGAGGUUCUGGACCGAUACCAAUACAACACGCCCCUGGUGAACCAGGCCGUUCUGUGGACCUUCUACACCAUCUUCAAGAUGUUGCCCAGCUAUCGGCCCCUGCUGUACAAGCUUACCUUCCUCUGCACCGCCGAAAGUGUUCUCGAGCUGCUGGCUCUCCGGGAUGACGCGACCAGCAAGUCCCACACCGAAGUGUUGACUUUCCUGGUGGCUUGCUUUUUCGAGCGGUGGCGUGCCUCGCCGUCUAUGUUCUUCGAGAUCCUGUUUGACAAGCCGGAAUCCGUGUCGCUGUAUUUGCAGAGUGGCGACACGGCUUCCUUCAGGAAGCACAAGAGCCACAAGCGAGCCGCACCGGCGCCGGCAUCCCCCGGCAAAGGCCCGGACAAUCCGGCGGCUGCUUCCCCUCACUCGACCGAGGACGAGGAAAGCUCGGCCUCGGCAUCAGACUCGGAGGGAAGCGAUUUCGAGCUGGCCGAGACCCAGCCCCUGGCUCGCACGAAUGCCGGCCCGGUCAAGCGCCAGCGCUCUGGCCACAAUUCCCACCCGCGGUCGGGGGAGGCCGCCAUGGCCGGUGCCCGGCGUCGAUUCACCGACUCGCCUGUGGACCUGGCCGGCUCUGACCUGCCUGAGCCCGGGGACUUUGUGUCGAUGAUGACGGCCACCCCUCGGAAGCGGCGGAACCGCGGCCGGGCCAUGCUUUCCCUCGGCACCGAGGAGGACCCGACCGAUGACGAUGGCACUCCAGUGCACGACCUCACCGACAAGGCCGGCUCUUCGCCUCGGCGGCCAGGCAUGGUCACCUCCCUCCCGGCUGAGGCAAUCACCUCCUUGUCCGUGUCCUCCAACUCCGGCGUUCGGGUGCCACGCCAGACAUGAGAAGGGGAAGUCCUGGGCUGGGGGGAGGGGGGCGCCAAUGAUGGCCCCCCAUUCCAAGGAUCCGCCCUCCCCGGCAUGCCUCACCAGGCUGGCCACUCCAAUAGACAGGUCUUUCCUUCUCAUCAUGGGGCGACACGCAGAGGGGAGCA